AUGCCACAGGGCUGCACUGUGGAUGGCAACCUGGAUGAAUCUCGGUACAGCGAGCCGAUGCCAUGGAUUGGAAUCUAUGUAGCAGUAGCAUCUGCAGCCUGUGCUGCAGCCAUGGCUACUGAUGUCUUCCACGGCUUACGCCACAGGAAAUUCUGGUUCCCUUGCAAAUUCUUCUCCCUCAAUGCCACAACCUUAGCCAUCAUUGCAGUUGCCACCAAAUUAUCCGUCGAUCUCAACUCCUCGAUGCCACGCCACCAGGAUCAGCUAGCGAAACUCACCAGUGGCGUUUUGAUCUGCACGCUAAUGUCUAACUCGAUGCCUUCUCUAGCAGCCAUGGAGUACAAAGAGCUGAUGAUGAACAUUGUGGCUUUGGGGAUUUUUGUAGUUACUGUCAUAGUAAACAUUGGGAUCCAAUUGGGAACCGGUGUGAUUUACACAUUCUGGAAAGAGCAUGCUGCAGUUAUCUUAAUCAUGCUCAUCCUGUUUCUGCUGUUGAUUUCCUCGGCUCUUACAGUUCCCACAACGAGGUCGUAUUUCGAUUUGAAGUACAGCAAGAAGUACAAGUUAGCACAGAAAGAGUGUUGCCUCGGGCAUGGCGAGUUUAGGCCCGAGAAACUGAAAGAUGAGCUGAUGAAAUAUUGGAUGAUGGCACACACUUGUAGCCCUCAAUUCGUGGCUAGCCGGUUAGUAACCUGCACUGCUUCGGGUGCGUUUUGCCUUCUCAGCACGGUCAUAUGUGCUGAAGCCAUGCUUCGUUCGUAUAUGCUGCCCGGGACGUUUGAGUUCUGCACUGGAGAGUCUGAUUACAAGUGGUCUACCACUUUGAUUCUUGUGGCUCAGACAGUGGCAAUAGUAGUAGGCACAAUCGCCCCGGGGUUUAGGUGGUUCAAGUCCAUUAAUUUUCGUUGCCCGAAAAAAGUCACUAAAGCCUGCCAUUACAAGGUUAAGGUUGAGGACUAUUGGAUCAGGAGUUUGGUUCUGUGGAAAGAGUCCCCUUUAGACCUGAGAAAACGAGGUCGAUUUGUCAGAAAAUUUGCACACAAUGCAAAGGAAAAUCUGUUGGAUUUCUGCAUUUGGAUGCAAAUUGGAACAGUGUGUCUAAGCAAGCUGGUUAGGAUGGUUUCUCUUUUCUGGGUAAGUUGGUUGCUAAUAGGCCUUAGGAGAUUGAUCAAACGAGACACGAACUCUAUAGAAAGCCAUGAUUCAGAGCCCGAAUCGAAGCCAGAUCUUAGUCGUUACGUUUUGCAUCUCGAAGGGGAGGAAACACUGCAAGAUUUCAUGAUGGAGAGCAACUUUGAUGUGAGUGACCACUGGAUCAAGACGGAGAAAAAGAGGCAACCGAAGAAUCUCAUCAAAUUUCUGCAGAAUUGGUGCCCAACGAAAGGGUUCAUGGGAGUGAACCAUUUCGACUAUGACCAUAUCCCUUCACUAGACUCUGAAGAACCUCCCAACUGCUGGGCUCUCCCCGUUGUCACACUCGCCAGCAUUGCCAUUGCCCUCUCUGGAAACGACCCCGGUUUGAGCAAAGAGCUGAAAUCGUGUGUAAACGAGGCGGUUUUGUACAUGAGAUUUCUCGAGGACAAGCUCGAUGCAAAUGGAGACUUGACUAACCUCAGAAAGGCUGCACAGAUGGUAUGGAUUGGCGUCGAUCUGCACUAUAAAUGGCUCGAUUUGGACCUCCAAAAGAUGGGAAAAGACAGCCCACAAUCUGUUCUCAAAGCCCUUUCUGAGGAAGCUAAGCAGAGAUACUUGGAAUACAAACAGAAAGACGUAACGAUUUGCUUUGCAGAAUCCCCUUCAAAGUGGCCUGCAAAGAUCCUUGCAGCUAACUCCAUGUACAGAACAUGCCAAGCUCUUCUGCUAACAAACGAAAACGAACAACCUCAGAACAACAAUACCAUGAUGUUCCACAGACUGUCUGACAUGAUAACAGGUAUAGUAGGGGCAUGUCUCACCAACAUUCCCCGAGUUAUAUUCAUGCUAUGCCACCAGGGCAGCAUCAAAGAGAGGGAGACUCGAGUCCGCUUUGCCAUUUUGCUUCUGGGGAAAUCUGGGAAGAUUUUAGAGAUUCUAAACCACAGACUACUCCCAAGUUCAUGUUCAGAGAGAUUGGUACACAUCGACGAUUGGCGGGCGUUGAGCAAAGAGAAGGAUCAUCAGCAGCAUUGGAAUUUCUCCCCAGCAGAGGAUGAUAAAGCUCUCACAGGCUCUCCUGACUUUCGUCUAACAGUUGAAUGA